AUGGAAACCAACUACCAGUUCACCCGCGCCUACUCUGACGGCGUUGUCGGCGGCUCUGCCGGUGCCACUGCCCGCUCGAAGGGUUUCUCUGAGCGCGAGCAGGCCCAGGAGGGUCAGUACAUCCGCGACCUCGAGAAGGAGAAGCUCCGCAAGCUCAAGGAGAAGGCCGACGCCGCCAACAAGGAGGUCGAGGCCCAGAAGCAGCGCAUGGCUGACAACGGCGACAAGGACCACUAA